GCCGUGGCCAGGCCCCUCGCCGCCAAGGAGGAGGAGCUCACGACGACCGAACAGGAGGAGAUCGACAGGCUCGCGAGGAAGAAAAAACCUUCGUCCGUUGAGGAGGCCAGGGGGCAGCUCACUCAAGCUGGCGUGGACUGGAAGAAGGUGACAGCGGGUGACCUCAAGGACAAGCUGCCCGAGGAGACGCUCAAGCGGCUCUUCUCCGCCUACGGAAACACGCUCGGCCAGUGCCCUGACUUGAUGAAGAGGUACAAGGGCUCGGCCAAGUCGGCGGACCAGAAGCGGGAGUGGUUGGCCAGGUUCGCGGUCGAUUGCAAGACCGCGGGCGUGGACCUAGCGGCCAAGAGCGACGCGUCGGUGGGCCGCGUGGAGGCGGACCACAAGGAGUUUAUCUGGAUCACAGAGAACCAGAUGGCGGGCCCGAUGUGCGCCAACUCCAAAGAGGACGCGGCUAUCACGAAGGAAGGCAUGAGCAAGCGCCCCCACGAGGACCCCAACAUGUGGGCCCACAAGAUCUACCAGUACAAGUGGACAUUCAAGAAGGAAGUGGAGAUUAACAGGAAGGAGGAAAAGACCACGAUGUCUGCUGAGGCGGCCAUGAACCCAGACGACUACACCAUGGCGCGGGGGAGGAUGCUGGGCGCAAGCUUCGGAGAUCAGGGGAUCGAGGACGCAACCUACCCAGCGGAGGACAGCGCGGGCAAACCUCGCAAGGGGAAGACGCCCGAGCAGAAGGAGGCCGAUACGAAGGAGAAGGAGAGGCAACGCGCUGAGCUGGAGCGCGAGGGUCCCGAGAAGGCUGCCUUGGAGAAGGCUAAGCAGGAGUUGACCACGGAGAUCGCGAAGACCAAGAGCUGGUGCCGCGUGGCCACUGGUGAACUCGGCGACGUGCCUGCGCUGGCCGCGAAGCUGGACUUCAAGGGUUUCCCUGCGGCCAUGGGCCAGUUCCUCGCGGCGAAGAGAGCGGGGCACGGGAUGAAGGUCAGCGCGCUGAACGACAACGAGUACACCGCAGCGAAGGUGAUCCUCGGCAAGGCCGACUCCACCGUGGACGAGAUCACGCAGUCCAAGAGCAC